AUGGUCGAGAAGCGUCGGAGUCCGGCGGCCGACUCGCCGCCCGCAACCCAGCGCCGCAAGAAGCUUAUCACAAAACCUGACGAUGAUUCUGAUGCAAUGGACAUUGAAACAUUUUGUGAUUCAGCAAUUGACAAGAACAACGAAUCGUCUAUCAAUCCAAACGUCAAGUCGACUGAAGCUAUCCACUCACCGGAUAAAGAGCUAUCAAAGCUCAUUUUUCACGAAACAUUUCAAUCGUUAGCACUUGAUAAUGAGCAAAUUGCAACAGACAUCAAAAGAGAUACUCGAGGUGAUACUUGGCGCGUUGUUUGGCAGCCUCGAAGCGCAACCGAUUCGCCAUUUGUCGGUGUAUUUGUGGAAUUGGUAGCUCAAGAGAUUACACGAUCUCGAUUAGCAGAAGUGAGUGUUAUGCUCAUGAAUCAACGUAAACAACCGUCAGUGAUUAAACACACGAGUAUACACGAAUUUUCGGAGGAAAAUGCAGUGUUUGGCAUGCGUCAGUUUAUUGAACGAAGCGUUUUAUUAAAUCCUAUCAAUGCAUAUGUAGACGAGCAAGGUCAAGUGGAAGUUGAAGUGAUCUUGAAUUUUGUGGAAGACGUUGAAGCGCUGAAAGAACAAAUGGCAGCUGAAACAACGAAAGAAGGUUUAGCAUACGAUACAAAAGCAAAAACGGGCAUGGUUGGGUUAAAGAAUCAAGGAGCGACGUGUUAUUUGAAUUCACUUUUACAAACGCUUUAUCAUUUACGAGCGUUUCGUCAGGUAGUGUACGAAACGCCGACUGCUCAAGAAGAUACGAACGAAUCAGUAUCGUUGGCAUUGCAGCGCGUAUUUUAUCGACUGCAAAGCAAAGAAAAAGCUGUGUCUACGAAAGAAUUGACACGUUCAUUUGGCUGGAGUACCAUUGAUUCAUUUAUGCAGCAUGAUGUGCAAGAAUUGUAUCGGAUCUUGUGCGAUCGUCUAGAGGAGAAAAUGAAACAAACGCGAAUGGAUUCAGCCAUUCAAAAACUUUUUGAAGGCAAAGUUCGCUCAUUUGUUCAAUGUGUCAAUGUCGAGUUUCAAUCAUUCCGCGAUGAAUGUUUUUACGAUUUGCAACUAGAUGUGAAAGGAUGCAAAGAUUUAAUGCAAUCGUUUCGAAAAUAUGUGGAAGUAGAAUUAUUAGAAGGCGACAAUCAAUACGAAGCAGAAGGACAUGGCAAACAAGAUGCGAAAAAAGGAAUUGAAUUUUUGACGUUACCCCCAGUUCUAAAUAUUCAAUUGAAACGGUUCGAAUAUGAUCCAAUGCGUGAUGGAAUGGUGAAAGUUCAUGAUCGCUUUGAGUAUCCAAAGACGCUGGUACUAGACGAAUUUAUUGCGCAGAAGGAUGAGAAGACUAAGAACGAUACAUCUCGGUAUUGUUAUCAUUUGCAUAGCGUAUUGGUUCAUAGUGGUGAUGUACAUGGUGGCCAUUAUUACGUGUUUAUCCGACCUGGUAAGCAAAUUGCUACUAGCACCGACUGGUUUAAGUUCGACGAUGAUCAGAUCACUCACGUGGACGAAAAGGUGGCAAUUGAAGGCAAUUUUGGCUCUGGAGGGACUCUGCUCACACCACAAGAUGCCGUUACAGCACCUCCAUCGCCUUUGUACGGUAAUUCGCACUUUUAUUCACCAAAUUGUAAUACUAGCAAGACUGCUGACCCAAAUAAUCUGGACGGAUGUGAAUUUCAUUCCGUGGAUACCGUGCAAGUAGCUGGAAUGUAUGGCACUGAAGACGAGUACAAUCAAUCUCAUGACAGCAAUACUCUUCCACCCGCGUCCUGCUCUAAUAAUCUUGCCCUUCCAUUAGGUAGGAAUUUUUCAAGUGCUUAUAUGCUCGUAUACGUGCGUGACGGUGAAAAUGACAUAAGUGCCAUUCAAGACACGAAAAGCACAGCAAUUUGUGCAUCAGAAGCUAUGUCAAGGUCUGAUAAUUCAACGGAAUCAUCAAAAGUUCUCAGUUGGCAAGUAGAUCCGCUGCCAAUACCACAAGAGCUUGUGAUGCGCUUUCGCGAAGAGGAAAAGACAACUGCGAGACGCAAGAAAGAACAACAGACGGAACAUUUGUAUAUGAAUUUUCGGAUUGCCUCCGACACGAGUAUUGCAAAACUCAAGCGAAUUACUCCGACAACGGAUUUUGCGGGCUUUAAUAACUCAAGUACUGUACGCAUUCGUAUCAAACGUACAGCUCCCAUUCGACAAUUGUACCGUCAAGUGUAUCGCGCCACGGGUGUGCCAAUGUCACGAAUACGAUUGUGGAAAGUAAUUACGCGCGAAAAUCGCACAACGCGACCCGAUCAAGCGCUCGGUCCAGAGUAUUUAAGCUACUGUGUCGAGUCGCUGAUUGAAGACGAUGCGUCACUAAAAGCUCCUGUCAAAUUGUUUCUUCAGAUCUUAAACGAUUUGUCGAAACCUCGAUGUCAAGGUACAUUUUCACCCGUAACAUUGCCAUCCUCGCCGACAACGAUCAAACCAUUGAAUGCCAAUAUAUACCGACAUUUUCUGAACGAGUUCAUGCCUCCAGUGCUUGGAGAUGGUGCGGAUGGUGAAGACGCAGUUGCGAUUGUUGAAUGUGCCAAAAAUGACUUUGCUCCGCGACUAAAUGGUCACGAUAUCUUGUUAUUCGUUAAGUUUUAUGACGUGACGAAAGAGAUUGGAGAACGACUCGAAUAUAUGGGAAAUAUUGUUGUGGAUUCACAAAUGACUGGUGCUGAGCUCGCGACUUAUCUACACGAGGCACUGUCAAUUCCUAGGACGAAAGACUUGGUAUUGUACGAAGAAGUCCAGCCGACUACAGUGGCUAUGAUUCAUAGCAUGGCGACAUUAGCAGGCUCGGAGAUUCAAAAUGGCGACAUCAUUUGUUUUCAGUAUGCAGAAGACGAUGAUAUUGUGAACGAGAUUGUACUUAAGCCAGAAGGACACGAUGACGAAGAUCCGGAAGCGACAGAACUGUCGUACGUCAGUCCAGUCGGCGAAGAAGUGGAGACGAUUAUAAUUGAAAAGUCCGAUCGAGCCGCAAUGGCAAGAAAUGAAAGCAUGGAAAAGUAUCCAGAUGUACCAUCUUACUUUCAAUACCUAUUGGAUCGUAUUGAUAUUGUCUUCUAUUGCUACGGUCACAUGGAAGAAAAGUCAUUUACACUACCUUUACUGCUUAGUAAUGUGUACGACGAAGUGAUUGACGCUGUCGCAGCACAUCUUGGGCUUGCUGAGUCUCAACGCCUUUUUGUAAGACUGUAUCAACAUUCGCCUAUUAAUAAUUCACACGUAAAAUCGCCACUUCGCCACUCGCGCUACGCUGGUGAUCAACAAACGACCUUAGAAGAUCUGUUGACUGAAUAUAUCGAUCGAACGAACAUUUUGUACUAUGAAAUCCUUGAGCGCCCGAUUACUGAAUUUGAAGCGAAAAAAGAGGUCUUUGUAUAUUUAAGUGCUUAUGACGCGUGUUUUGCCACGGAACAGACAGCAUCUCCAUCUUUUACUGCUACACCACGCCGUAUUGAAGUGCUCGUUCUGCCAACUGACAGAGUUUGCGACUUGUUGCAAUUGAUUCGAGACGUUUUUGACUUGCCACGCAAUACGCUAUUGCGUGCAUGUGAAGUUGUACAGCAUGGUACGAUGAUUAAUCACGUGUUGAAAGAAGACCAAACACUCUCGCGUUUUUUGGGUAUCGGUGACAGGUCCAAUUCCAAUAGGUCUGAAAUUUUGAUUGAACAAAUUCCUUUGUAUGAAUUAGUUGACAAUCAAAUCAACGAUAAAAGUAUCAGUGAUACGGAACAUAUCGAGUGGAUUUAUAAAGGCGUGGUGCACUUUAAUUACCAAAAGAACUCACGCAAAUGGAUUCAUCCGCAUGGUGUUCCGUGUAUUGUACGCUUUCACGAGGAAGAGACGGUCGGUGACGUCAAAGAGCGGAUUCGUCAACGAAUGGGCGUCUCGUCGAUUGUGUUUGCCCAAUGGAAUUUUGCGCUAGUCAAAGAUCUAAAGGCCUCGACUUUGUCAAAUGUAUACGAAGAGAUGGAUGUCGAAGCAUUAGAUGCGUUUCCAAUGUCGCGACUUACGGAGCUGUGUGGUGCAGACUUUGAAGGAUUAGGCAGCUUGGGCUUGGAACAUGCAGCUCCGACGCCGACAUUGCGGCAUCAUAAUAAUCGAAGACUUGAAACGGGCAUUCAUAUCCGUUAA